AAGGUUAGAAUGGGUAAAAAGAGAGAUCUAAGGGACUUUGAGCGUGGUAUGAUCGUCGGUUCCAGACGCGCAGGGUCCAGUAUCUCGCAAACGGCCGCCCUCCUGGGCUUUUCACGCACGACAGUGUCUGUGGUUUACCGAGAAUGGCGCGACAAACAAAAAACAUCCAGUCAACGGCAGUCCAGUGGGCGUAAACAGCUCGUUGAUAAGAGAGGUCGAAGGAGAUUGGAAAGAAUCGUGCAAACUAACAGACGGGCCACAAUUAGACAGAUAACGGCGCAGUACAACAGUGGUGUGCAGAACAGUAUCUCUGAAUGCACAACUCGCCGAUCCUUGUCACGGAUGGGCUAUUGCAGCAGACGGCGGGCAAAUGAGGAGUGGAAAAACACUGCCUGUGUAGAUAAGGUACGGGAACUUGUCCUGGACAACUGCAGAUCAAAUGAAGGGAAAAUCGAAGGCCUCACAGAAGAAUUCGUCAAUCUGGAAUUCCUCAGUUUGAUAAAUGUUGGCUUAUUUUCAGUUUCCAACCUUCCCAGACUUGGGAAACUCAAAAAGUUGGAACUCAGCGACAACAGAAUCUCUGGUGGCCUUGACGUGCUAGCAGAGAAACUCCCCAACCUCACACAUCUAAAUCUAAGUGGGAACAAACUGAAAGACUGUACCGGACAGGUGGUUCAAGUGGAGCUUCCUACGCCCCAUGGAACCAAGAGCCAUCCUCAAGCAGCGCACCACUCCGCAUUCCACUUUUUCACAGUCAACUCCCCCUUUAUGUAUACCUGUGUGAGGACUUUGGGACUGGUACUGUAUCUAGUUUUGGGUCUGUGCUUUUAAUAUUUUGUUGGAUGAAUUAUGAAGAGAAAGUUGUUGUUGGGUUUAUUUCUUCCCUCUUCUUUUCAUCUUUUCUGUUCCUUAUUUUUUUCUCCAAUAAAAUGUAUUGCUAU